AUGGCCAGCUACCCUUACGGGCAGGGCUGCCCAGGAGCUGGAGGACAAGCACCCGGAGCCCCUCCGGGUAGCUACUACCCCGGACCCCCCCAUGGUGGAGGGCAGUAUGGGAGUGGGGUACCCCCUGGUGGUGGAUAUGGAGGAGGUCCUGCCCCUGGAGGGCCUUAUGGACCACCAGCUGGUGGAGGACCCUAUGGACACCCACACCCUGGGGGGCUCCCUUCUGGAACUCCAGGAGGACCCUAUGGUGGCGCAGCCCCAGGGGGCCCCUAUGGUCCACCACCUCCAAAUUCCUACGGUGCCGGACCUUAUGGACAGGGACCACCUCCUCCAGGUGGCGUCCCUCCCAAUGUGGAUCCCGAGGCUUACUCCUGGUUCCAGUCAGUGGACUCUGAUCACAGCGGCUACAUCUCCAUCAAGGAGCUGAAGCAAGCCCUGGUCAACUCCAACUGGUCCUCGUUCAAUGACGAGACGUGCCUUAUGAUGAUAAACAUGUUUGACAAGACCAAGUCAGGCCGCAUCGACGUCUACGGUUUCUCCGCCCUGUGGAAGUUCAUCCAGCAGUGGAAGAACCUCUUCCAGCAGUAUGACCGGGACUGCUCGGGCUCCAUUAGCUACACAGAGCUGCAGCAAGCUCUGUCCCAGAUGGGCUACAACCUGAGCCCCCAGUUCACCCAGCUCCUGGUCUCCCGCUACUGCCCGCGCUCCGCCAAUCCCGCCAUGCAGCUGGAUCGCUUCAUCCAGGUGUGCACCCAGCUGCAGGUGCUGACCGAGGCCUUCCGGGAGAAGGACACAGCUGUGCAGGGCAGCAUUCGGCUCAGCUUCGAGGACUUCGUCACCAUGACAGCCUCUCGGAUGCUAUGA